GAUGCUAUCAGUAUUUUUACCUGUGUUUGAAUUUUUUUGAAUCCUGAAAUAAUUAAUGCAGUUUUUUUUAUUUUAUUCACAUUUUUAUAGUCCGCAGCAGCUUCGUCCUGUAUAACGCUAACCACACUGACGCCCCUUCUCCUCUCCUCCUCCUUCCUUCACCCCCUAUAAACAGAUGUUUACACACCAUUCCGUUAAACCCUGUCUCUGUUAGUUAGUUAUUAACUGAUCAGUAUCAUCACGAUGGGGGAUGAAGGUGCAUCAAAUGCGCUUCAGAAAUAGGUGAGCUGCAUGCUGACACAGUCGUGCGUCACAGUCUCUGAAGUCACGAGUUCAAUCUGUGAUCAUAAAUAAACCUCUGCAUUUCAAGCUUUAUUACAAACAUUAGCAAGGAAGUAAUACCUUAAUCAUUUUUUCUGUUGGAGAAGUUUGAGGUGGCGCUCGUUAAACUUAUUUUAGCCUGUUAUGAAUGUAAUCAGAGUACUACACGCCAGACAGUUGUUGCAGAUUUGUCAGCUGCACAUCCAUGAUGCAAAUCUCCUGUCCCAGCACAUCUCAGAGGUGCCCUAUUAGAUUGAGAUCUGGUGACUGUGAGUACAGUGAACUCAUGGUCAUGUUCAUGAAACAAGUUUGAGGUGAUUUGAGCUUUGUGACGGGACACGUGACAUGAUAAUGGACAGAAUAAAAAUUAAAACGCAAAAAAAACAAGAAUAACGAUCAAAUAACAACAGCCAACAAAGACUCAGUGUCACAAGAUUCAUCGUAAAGACGAAUAUUAAAGAACUCGAAACUCAACCUAGUGGUCAGACACCAUAAGCAUUAGAAUGGUGAAGCGAUAUUGAAGAUAACGAAUGAUAACGAAUGAUUUUUACAGUUUUCUGUCUGUCUUCUGUCUUUGUCCUUUGGGUUGCUGGUCAGCCGAACUCCCUCUGUAAGGGCUGAGACUGACAGUUUUCACUGUUUUCUCACAUGGCGUGUAUCAUAAGAAAUCAUUUUGCCCCAUUUGGUUUUCUAGUGUUUCUGUUGAUCAGGUCAGUGAACUGAAAGGAUGGAUCAACAGAAGACAUCCAUCAUGGCUUCUUUUUAUUUAGAGGUGGCUCUAUUAAUACCAGCCAAGCAGCUCUUUGCUGUCAGUGUUACAGUGAUCCUCUUAGACGCUGUCACUCACUCUCUCGCAGAGAGAGAGAAAGCAGGACACGGAGAGAAGAGCAGAUUUUUUAGAUGAUUAAGGCUUCACAGACGUGUGAAUGCACAAAGUGAAAACAAACUAGAAAUAGACCUGUAAUUAACACGUUCACGGCCUCGGUCAGUGCUGAGGGCCGCUUGCUGUUGUUUUUGGGGAGGUUGCCACAGUGACGGGUGAGCUGGAGGGUAACAGGUUGUCGUCCGAAGCAGAUAUGACUCUGCUGGACUGCACAGGAGCCAGAAUCUCCGGCUGCUGGUCGUUGAGGUCUGACCGCAGUGGGAGCGGGGAGGACUCGUUGGACCGCCUCCUGCCCUCGGCCGGGGCCCCUCGCAGGAAGAGCGCUACCUCGCUGAGUAAAACAGAGCCUCCUCUGCUCCGCACAGGCACACGCACCAUCUACACCGCUGGCCGCCCGCCCUGGUAUGACGAGCACGGCGCUCAGUCAAAAGAGGCCUUUGUCAUUGGGCUGUGUGGGGGCAGCGCCUCAGGGAAGACCACCGUAGCCAAUAAGAUCAUUGAGGCCCUGGAUGUGCCGUGGGUUGUGCUACUGUCGAUGGAUUCUUUCUACAAGGUUUUAUCCCCCGAGGAGCAGGCUCUGGCCACAAAGAACGACUACAACUUUGACCACCCGGGAGCAUUUGACUUUGAGCUGCUGGUUUCCACCCUGAGAAAACUGAAGCAGGGCAAGAGUGUGAAGAUCCCGGUGUAUGAUUUCACCACACACAUGAGACAUAAAGACUGGAAAAAUGUGUACGGUGCCAGUGUGAUCAUUUUUGAAGGAAUUAUGUCCUUUGCAGACAAAGAGCUUCUUCAGCUCCUGGAUAUGAAAAUCUUUGUGGACGCAGACUCAGACAUUCGGCUCGUCCGCCGGCUCCGCAGAGACAUCACAGUGCGUGGACGGGACAUUGAAGGCGUAAUCAAGCAAUACAACAAGUUUGUGAAACCAGCCUUUGAGCAGUACAUCGAACCAACCAUGAGGCUGGCAGAUAUUGUUGUACCAAGAGGUGGUGGGAAUAUGGUGGCCAUUGAUCUGAUUGUCCAGCAUGUUCACAGCCAGCUGGAGGAGCGUGAACUCAGUGUCAGGGCACUCCUGGCCUCUGCCCAGCAGACGCAGCCGUUGCCCCAGACGCUCAGUGUCCUCGAGAGUACGCCGCAGGUCAGGGGCCUGCACACCAUCAUCAGGAACAAAGAAACCAGCCGAGACGAGUUUAUCUUCUACUCAAAGAGGUUAAUGCGGCUUCUCAUAGAGCAUGCUCUAACAUUUCUACCAUCUCAGCCGUGUUCAGUUCAGACCCCACAGGGCCAUGAUUACGAGGGCUGCAGUUACAACGGUAAAGGGAUCACCGGUGUGUCGAUCCUGCGUGCAGGAGAGACCAUGGAGCCCGCCCUGAGGGCCGUGUGCAAGGACGUCCGCAUCGGCAAGAUCCUCAUCCAGACCAACCUUGACUCAGGCGAGCCAGAGCUGCAUUACCUGCGUCUGCCCAAAGACAUCAGUGAAGAUCAUGUCAUCCUAAUGGACAGCACAGUCUCCACCGGCGCUGCUGCCAUGAUGGCAGUUCGAGUCCUAUUGGAUCAUGAGGUGCAGGAGAAUAAGAUCAUGUUGGUGUCGCUGCUGAUGGCAGAGCUCGGGGUGCACUCUGUGGCCUAUGCCUUCCCAAAGGUCAAAAUCAUCACCACUGCUGUGGACAAGGGCCUGGAUGAUUUUUUACAUGUAAUUCCUGGUAUCGGGGACUUUGGGGACCGUUACUUUGGGACUGAUGGCUUCGACAGCUGGAGUGAUGAAGAGGACCAGGAGCAGCUGCCACACUGACUCAAACAUUUGUGAGACUCUGUGAAAGAAAACACAAACUACUUGAAAACUGUUGUGCAUCCUCCUCUUCAGGUGUAGACUAGCAAAAAUUGUUAUAUUUACUUUUGUGUACUGUAAAUUUUUUUUUUUUUUUUACUCCUCUGAAGAUGAUGUCUGAGUCCAGGUUUGUGCAUGAGGGAUAUUUUGUUCUGCUCAUCUUAAAUAUUUUAAUACUGAACAGUAAAGCAGUGCCAUUGCCUUUGAGGUGCAGUAAAACAAUAAUCCAAUAACGUUAUUAAAUGGGUCCAGGUUGCACCAGCUGUUAUUAAAUCCAGAACUUAGUAAGAGCCAAAGAGUAAAGGAGUAAGUUCAAAGAGUAAUGUACUAAAUUUAGUUGGGCAAUUAAAAUAUAGUGAAUGUCUUCAGUAGUUUUGACUGUAGUAAUGUGUAAAUCUGUCAUGCAUAUAGGGAGUUCCAGUUCAAUACAGCAGCACCGUGAGGCAGCAUCAGUAUGGAAACAUGCCCACAGUAGCAGGUAAUGUUUGCCUUGUUCACAGUCUCAGUUUUACAUAUUACCAAGCCAAAGUACAGCAGAUUGGACCAAAGAAAAGCUCACAUAUGAUAUUAUUUGAAUAAUUAGGAGAUCACCAACAGUAAGAAGUUUCUAGGCUCGAUUUCUGCUGAUUGCUAGGCUGUCUCCCUGUGCGUGUGUGGGCUUUCCUCUUACGAGCUUGAAGUCCAGUCGCCUUCUUUUGAAGCUCUUAAGACUACCAUGACCUGGAUGACUGAGAGCCUGCAGACAUGUGGGCUUUCCUCCAGUUUCCUUUCGCAGUUCUAAGACACGUUUGUCAGGUUAACUGGUGAUUGGUGAACUUGUCUGUGGCUGUAGAAGUGGUUAAAUAAUUUAAUUUUUCUUCAUUAAUGGACAUUAAUGAAUACAUGUAAUUCAUCUUAUAAUUGUUUGGAAGUUUCACAUUUAAAAAAAAACCCAUAAAUUUCAUCCUCAUGGUGGUGCUAGAUGAAAAGUUAGAGGUGCUUCUUUUUGGGGGUGAACAGCACAACAGACAAUUUUGAAGGUAUUUGUGUGAUUCUUGAAGUCGCAGAUGAACUGAUCUCUAUCGAUAAAACCAGUUGUGUCUAAACGUAGCUCUGACUAUGCUCCAUUGGAGAAAUGUGUGUUUUUAAGAAGAAAGACAUUUCACACAAUUUAGAUUGAGUGUGAAACGUCUGAUUGCAUGAACCCUACCACCAUUAUAGGUCACGUGUUUGGUCAUUAGUUUGACCAUUUUGUGAGCAUAAUUUUAGACCUUUAUAAUGUAAUUCAACCAUAUCUUCAUAGCAGCAAACUAAAACCAAUUAACUCUUUUGCACUCAUCUGAACGGCUCAGGCUAAUAUUAUAUUCUGGGUAUUUGGUUCACAUAGAACGCAGCAGUGAUGUAUAGGAUUUACAGGCUAUAAAAGUUAGUGUGGUGAAGCCUGUUAUAAAUUGGGAUAUGUUCAUUUGCACGUAGUUGUUGAGUCACUUGUAUUUUUAUAGCACAUUUAAAAACAACUGGCUUGGACCCAAAGUGCUUUCCAGUCCAGGCAGGUGGAUUAACAAAACAGAGGUAAAACAUGGAAGGUAAAAACAGCAUUAAGAGAGAAAUAUGGAUAAAGGAACUGGGAACAUAUAAAAGUAAUGGCAUAAACACAGUGUAAUUACACUUACACAGCAUUUGAUCCCCUUUCUUCCACAUAUCCAAUUCAUAGGAUCAUAGAGGGGCUGCGGCCUAUUUCAGUUGUCAUGGGGUGAGAGGUGGGAUACACCCUGGCAAGUCACCAGUCUUUCACAGGCUAAGAGACACAGACAACCAUCUACAGCCAAUGCAGAACCUAACAUGCAAGUCUUUGGAUUGUGAGAGGAAGCCGUGGGUGCUGGAGGGACCCCACGCAGGCAGAGGAAGGGUUCCAGUCGGGCAGUGAAUUUGAACCAAUGCCAAUUAAACCAAUUAAAUAUUGGAAAUAACAUUGUUGUAGAUCACUACUGUUUUUCAACUGAAAAGAGUUCUCUUUUAUCCUCGACAUAAAAAAGAGCAAAAAGUAAAAAAUGUGAGCACUUUUUAUCCAGUAGGGUUUAUUGUGUCUUAUAAAUCAAAUUAAAGCAUUAAAAUUUACUGUAAAUACAUAGUUACAAAGGAAACAAGUCUGAGUUUAUGAAUAGCUGGUGCAACAAGAAAGUGUUCAGUGAACUUUCACACUUUCACACUGCUCUAGAAGGAUUUUUCUGUAUGAAAUGGGAUAAACUUAUGUCUGAAACAGAGCUGUUGUUUUAAUUUAUAGUAAAGUCACAUAAGAGGAGGGAUUAGAUAAGGAUUUAAAUGUAAAACAUAUAAAUCUUGGAUUCAGGGUAUGAAAAACAUGAGAUUUUGAUACAGAUUCAGUUUUCAGCCCUCACAUCCACCACUCCAAGUUACUGCUGGAGUUUGACAUUGUGUGUCUGUGAGGUGCUGGGUCACGGACGGUCACAUGCUCAUGCUUGAAUACUUUAAAAGCUCCUCUCAGGGUUCACGCACAGGCCGCCUGGCUCCUCUCUGCAAUGCACUUUAAGGCCUGAAGGGGUCAGUAUAGCUCACAUUAAGCUUCUUCCAGUAUGAUUUAUAGUGUGUUUAUUACCUUUGAGAAAUGUGUUAUUUUACAGCACAGGAAAUGCACAUGGACUCACCUGAAUCACAAUUUAGAGGUUUGAGGUGAGCAGCUGGAAACAUCCUUGUGCUUCUCAGUUUAACUGACUGAUCUGUUGCUGGGUGCGGUGUGUUAAUGCUCACUUGUGAACAUGUAAAUAAUAAUGUUUCAGGGCUAAAAAUGAGCAGUAAAAGAUCACCUUCUUGUCGUGUUCGCGUCUCUUGAUCCUUCUGGAGAAAAAACGGACUCCCCAGCCACUUUGUGACCUUAUGCUGAGUGUUAUCUCUCCUCUGUCUCUCUCUGAUCCUCUGUUUUUUCACCAUCAUGCACUUUGACUGCGUCUGACGGCCUCAUUCAUUCAUGUUUAUUCAGUCAUUCAUGCUCCUCACAGCGAGAUUAUCACAUCACAUAAGCUGUGAACGUGGUAUCAUCUUCACACCUACAGAAUCUCCUACUCGUUUGUUUUGGGCUGUUUUCCUUUUUUCCUUCCUGUGAUAGCUCUUCGCCGAGUGGGUGACACUGUGAUCACGGAUGUCAUACGACGCACGCUGUAUUCUCCAAGACAGCAGAAGACUCGCUCAGCCAUGUGACUACUGCCUCAAGGUUAACCUGUUACCAUGGAGACAAGCCCACCAAUGAAAAUUCAGCAGACGGUUGCGCUGUUGACUGCAAGCUUUUUGUUUUAAGGGGUGACCUAUUUUUUUUUUUCCCUCCCCCUCCCUCCCCAACACUUCACAGCCACUCAGACGCAGAC